AUGGAGCAGCGCCCCGCGGAUGAGCCGCAGCUCGGGGCGGUCCUCGGUGGCCGCCGCCGCGCGCUGCUCUGCGCCCUGGGCGCCGCGCUGCUGCUGCUGCUCGCCGCCUGCGCCGCCUGCGUCGCCCGCGCCUGGAUCCCCCGAAAUUCCGAGCACCCCGGCACCCAACCCGGCUCCCCUCUGGCGUCGAGGCAGAAAAAGUUAGCGUAUGCUAGGCUGCUGGCUCGAAAUGCAUUGCUGGAGAAUGGGACCCUAAGUUGGCACAGCCACCCUAGAAUGACUGGCGUGCUACUGUCCGAGAACCUGAGCUACAACGAGAGUCAGCAAGAGCUGGUGGUGGCCAAGGCUGGCCUCUACUAUGUCUUCUUACAACUGAAUCUGCAGCCCAUCAGGCUCUACUGUGAGGACCAGGUGUGGGGCCAGGUCUCCCUCACCUUGAACAUGCAGUCACCACAGGCUGAGCCCGCAGAGGCCUUGGUCUUGACUGUGGACCUGUUCCCCUGGUCCUUGAAGGCGAACAUCGUGGAGGGUUUCCAGGCCCGCAUCGUGAAGCUGGAUGACGGCCACCGCCUCAGUGUCCGCCUCAGUGCCGGCCUGUCUGGACACAACAAACUGCACGAAUUCUGGGAGCUGGCCCAGUCCAAAGCCACAGUCUUAGGACUCUUCUCUGUGCACCCCCUGAUCCCAGCAGACCUAUUCUCCAUGUGCUCCCCAUGUGCUGGGUCUGCCGGUGUUCCUUUGUGACCCCUGGUGUUGGGGUCCCAAGCUGUUCUACCUCAGGGGACCAGGCAGGGAUCCCCUCCCCUCUAGGACUUUCCUGCCCUGAGCUGGACCUGGUAUUUAUUUUGAGCCUGAGAUCACACAUACUUUAUAUUAAUUUGUCCUACUGCACUUAUAUUUAUUAAGUCAGGUGAUAGAGAAAAAUCAGGAAAAAAAAUAG